CCAAAUAAAUAGAGACAGAUAGCUAAGUACAAGUCGCAACCUGUUCACUUCGCGGCUUCUACUCCGUUGUUGUUUACCAAAAUAUGUUAAAUGUCAUGUCAUUUCCCAGUUUGAAGUUUUCGGUUUCGCGUGUCGGUAGCCUCAUGCGUAUUGCAAAUAAUUUAGCUAAAGACGAAUUAUUAUUUAUAUGCUAUAGUAAGUCCUGUAUAAAACCCUCGCCGACUGAGCAUCAUUAUGGACAGACUCGUUUUAUCAUAAGUUUCGCGAAGUUGUGCAGUGGUGUAAAGUUCUGUAACCGAGAGGGUUUAGUUUAAUUAUCCAGUGUAUUGUGUUUUUCCCAAUCACAUGUGCAUACCGGAGCUUAAUUGCAUGCCAGAGACAGUUGUGACUUGAUUGGACAGGAACAAAUUAUAGACUCAAAAAUGUUGAGAACGCUGCUGGUGCUAUGUGCAGCGGCGCUGUGCUUGCCGGUGCAUGGCCAGCCGGUGUCCUGCAAGGAAGAGGGGCACUGCUACGAAGGCUACUACUGCGAGACCGGCACAGAAAUCUGCCGGGAGUGCCUCUCUUGCGAGGACCUCAAGAGGGAACCCCCUCUCGCGGCCAUUAAAUGCAUCAAAUCCGUCGCGGAAUGCGGCUCCUGUUUCAAGGGGUUAGUACACUGGCUGGUGGUGGACCCGCGGGGGAACGUGAACGCGGAGUGCGUGCCCCCUGACACUUCAGACCUGGAGGGAACGCCGUCCUACGUGUGGCUACUCAUCAGCAUCGCGAUACUGCUGUUCUUAGUGGUCGUCGUGGGCAUUAUCGUAUAUCUACUUCGCUAUCCCGAGAUCUUUAAGACUGCCGGUUCGAACCAGUCUAGUACCGUGACGGCGCGCAUCACGGCGACCGCUCCCGAAGCACCGCCGCCCUACAACCCGCUGCCGCAGGCGCCAUAUCUUUCACCAGCUUACACUGAUCUCGAGCCAACAUCUUAUAAUGAAGAUGAACAGUUCAUCAAGCACUCGCCGUCCCCACGGCCGCAAGAUUCGCGGGAGUCUGCGGGUAACCAGGCCGCCAGGGUCUACGAGAAACCCAUUUACGAACGGGAAUUGCCACCUCCAAGCCCUGAGUCUCCUCUGCCGGAAUAUACUGAGACGGAGACUAUGACCGUGCCUGUCAAGGAUGAGGACACGAUUCCUAGCCCGUGGACACCCGGCGGCUCCACCAGUAAUGGAGAUGUCAAUGCCAACGUGGUGGUCGCGGGCAGCUCGGGCGGCGCUGAGGGCGAGGCGGGCGCGGCGCUGCCGGCGCUGCUGGCGGCGGCGCGCAGCACCACGCUCAUCGAGCCCUCGCCAGCCAAGCGCCUCUGUGUGCGAUGGGAUUCUGUCAACAACCGAAAUCGUGAGAACAACUCGUGCAGCGACAGCAGUCAGAGCAGUCACCCGCGCUCACCAUCUCCCAGCCAAGGCGGGCCGCCGUACAGCUUCAUCACGCAGAUCACCAAUGUGGUGCAAAUUAACACCAACAAGUAACGCCACUCCGCCUUGUACUCGUCCUAAGUACGACUCAUGUUGACUGGUGCUCGUUGUAGUCAAAUAAAUCCUAUGUACUUUGUAAAAUAAUAGUUAAAGUUACUAGAUACUUAAAAUGCCGUGCACCUCUCCUUGUCAGUUGUACUUAACUGUGCUAAAUGUAAUUUAUAGGAAAUGACUUAUUUUCGAAUGGCUAUUUUACACGAAGUCGUCAGUCGUUACAAAGUUUAAUUAGCAAAUAUUAAAUUUUGCUGUUUGCUGUACCAUGUUGUUGUAGAAAGCCAUACUAGUCUGUAUAAUACGGCGUUUUCCUCUAAGGAACGCGUCAUUUAUCAUUUAAAGUAGUUAGCCUUAUCGUCGUUAUAAUGUAACAAUUUGUGUCAUUUCAAUAUUUUAGUUUUAUAAUUUUUUUGAAAAAAAAAAAACAAAAAAAAAUCAGGAAAAGUAAAAAAAACGACAUUUAGCAGUAGGUAGGUAUGUAUAUCAAUUCUAGAUUGAUAUUAAUAAGGUGCCUUGUAAGGAUUCUUACCCAAUUUACUGUGAUGUAGUUUUAUAUGCGUAUAGAAAUUUAUGUUCGAGAUCUGUGCGAUCAAUUCAUGAUCUCAGCAAUAUAAUGUAAUGAAAAUCUUAGUAACGCUAACUGUUGGUUGCUUAAACGAUCGAGAGAGAGAGAGAGA